AUGGGUACUUGGAGUCUUGUUGGAGCAAGUAUUGAUCGAUUCUUGUGCAGUAGUCAUUCGGCUACUUAUCGUCAAUGGAGUACAAAUCGAGUGGCAAAACGUUAUGUGAUCGGAAUUUUCAUUUUCUAUGCACUUCUAUUUAUCCAAGUAUUCUAUUGUUUCGAAGCAAGUGUUCCUAAUGUUCCAGUUGCUUGUUAUGGUCGUAAUCUUCCUUGUCGAAUUUUUAAUGAUUGGGUGGCCUUAACAGUCGAUAUUUUAUUGCCUAGCCUUUUUCUAGCCAUUUUUGGUACAUUAACUAUACGUAAUGUUCAAACACGAGUGAUUCAUCCAAUUGUACAUGCAGUUAACUCGGACAAUAGAAACAAUAAUAGACUACCAAUGCGAAACAAAGAACGCAAUCUCACUCGAAUGUUAUUAGUUCAAGUAUUGAUUGUUCUUCCUUUGGAUUUACCAUUUGGAAUAUAUCGUCCAUAUGCUAGUUUAACGUCGGAUGUUCCUAAAAGUGCAUAUCGUGUGGCCGUCGAAAUUUUGACGUAUUCUCUGAUCAUACUUCUUGUCUAUUUCACUCACUCAACAUCCUUUUACUUGUACACACUCACUGGUUCAAUAUAUCGUGAUGCACUAAGACGUAUUGCACGUCGUUGCUUCAAUCGAAUUCAACCAAGACAUUAA